AUGGGAAGCACCGAGUCGUGGCAGGAGAUCGUCGCGAAGAAGCGAUCGCUGAGAGAUCAGGCUCUGAAACCAUAUCUGGUGGAUGAUCUAGACAAACGCCCUCCCCGCAUCGAUGAUGUCGCUGCUCGCUCUCGCAUCGACUCCGAUCCUUCUGUUCAGCAAAUAACAGAUAUAGACAGCGUGGCAGAGCUGCAUCAGCAAUUGAAGAAAGGUGAAUUUACAGCGGAAGAUGUGACUCUGGCAUAUAUUAAAAGGUCAGAUACUUCAAUGGAAUCUUGUGCGGGGUCUAGCAUAAAGCUAACAUUUUCGGUGCUCAGGGCAACUGUUGCGCAUCAACUGACCAACGCCCUGACUGAAGUACUCUUCGAAGAUGCAUUGAAAGACGCCCGAGCUCUGGAUGCAAAGUUCAAGGAGACAGGGAAGCUCAAGGGGCCUCUUCAUGGCGUUCCCAUUACGCUUAAGGACCAGUUCGACGUGAAAGGAUAUGAUAGUACGAUUGGCUAUGUCGGCCGCUCCUUUAAGCCCGCAGCAGAGGACGCGGUUCUUGUGCAGAUACUGAGGAAUCUGGGAGCUGUGAUUAUCGCCAAGACAAAUCUUCCUCAGAGUAUUAUGUGGUGUGAGACAGAUAACCCGCUCUGGGGACUUACUGUCAAUCCUCGUAACCCCGAAUUCACCCCCGGCGGCUCGACUGGUGGAGAGAGUGCGCUCCUGGCGCUUCAUGGUUCGAUUCUGGGCUUUGGAACAGACAUCGGAGGAAGCGUCCGAAUUCCACAAAAUAUGAUGGGUUUAUACUCAUUAAAGCCAACCAGUAGCAGAAUGCCCUACUACGGUGUCCCUGUUUCUACCGAAGGACAGGAACACGUCCCUUCAUCCGUAGGUCCAAUGGCACGGUGUAUGGAUUCUCUCUACUAUAUAAGUCGGCUAGUUGCGGAAAGCAAGCCUUGGACUUUGGAUCCCAGGUGCAGCCCAGUCCCGUGGGACGAUGCAGCAUUCCGCGAUAUUCAGUCAAGGCCGCUAACCAUCGGGUUGAUAAUUGACGAUGGCGCUGUGAAAGUCCAUCCCCCGAUUGAACGAGCUCUUAAGGAACUAGCCGCAAAGUUAGAAUCUUACGGCCACGAGAUAGUCGCUUGGGAUACCGCGGAUCAUAAGGAGUGUAUAGAGAUCAUGGAUCUCUAUUACACUGCUGAUGGAGGCGAGGACAUCCGUCGAGAUGUUGCCGUUGCAGGGGAACCUUUCAUUCCCCAUGUCGAGGCGCUGGUCAACAAGGGGAAAGCCAUAUCUGUGUAUGAAUAUUGGCAAUUGAACAGACGGAGAACGACAGCCCAGAAGCGGUAUAUGGAUAAGUGGAAUGCCGCUCGUUCCCCGUCUGGCAAGCCGAUCGAUGUUCUUCUCACGCCCACUAUGCCUCACACAGCCGUUCCGCACAAAGGUUGUCGCUGGGUGGGAUAUACGAAGAUCUGGAAUGUCCUUGAUUAUUCUGCCGUUACCUUCCCCGUCGACAAAGUACGACCCGAUAAGGAUGCCUUGCCGGAGACGCCUUACCAGCCGCGGAAUCAAUUAGAUGCGUGGAAUUGGGGUCUGUAUGACGUGAAUAGUAUGGCUGGCCACCCGGUGAAUGUGCAAGUUGUUGCUAGAAAGCUGGAGGAAGAGAAGGCCUUGGGUGCUGCUACGCUGAUUGAGAAGAUUUGGAGGUCUUAGAUAUCACGAAGUCAAAGAUGUAGAUCGCUAUUAGAGAAGGUUACUAUCCGAGCCUGCCUAUACUGUAUGCAGGCCUCCCUCCUGUCGGGUUUCUCCCACGCCUUUCUAGAUCCACCAAAAGAGUUAAAUAGGCCAAGCUAGUUGCUAGAGAAUUCAA